AUGACAAACAAGAAGGGGCAGCAGGAAAUGGUCCAGGUUGACAACUCUGAACGAGCAGAUUCUCCUUUCUGGCCUGGCCGGACCGCAUCCCUGAAUCAGUCGUCCCCGAAGAUCUAUGGUCAGAACACAGUGGUUGGCGCUUCAUACUCCCAUGCCAAUAUUCUACAAGGCACAUCAUCCCACCCUCGCCCCAGGACGCCCCCGAAACCCUCCGCCACUAAUGCGCCUUCGCAUCUGGCUCACCGACCUGGAAACGUCGCCUCUCCCCCCAAGGAACCAUAUGCCAACAUGACUGGUGGAGUAGACGAAUGGAGUCGAGAUCCAACUGAGGAAGAUGACGAUGACGAUGAUGAAAUUGUAUAUGAUGACGAUGAAGAUGAAUUUGGGCUUCCCAGUCUUGCGAGCAUGAGAAGGAAGAAGACACCAUACAUGAAAUCUAAGAAAAAUGAUUCCGGGGGAGUUAUGGGAGGAAAGCCUGGCUCCCUUGGCUUCGGACUUUCUGCCAACAACCGUCAACGAGCAAACAGCUCAGAUAUUGCCGAAGAACGCGGCACUCCCAUGUAUCCAACGGCGCGCAAGGGCGAUGGAAAGAUUCUUCGCCCGCAGUACAAGGAUAUACUGCAAGAUCCUGCAAAUGCUUUGAAUCUGAUUAGUCACACUGCACCGCCUACCAAUGCGUCCUCCAAAGAGAGAGAGAUCCAUUCAAGUCGUAUCUCUCGAAUCAAUAAGUUCAAACGAAUUCUUCAGGCUAGCACCGUUUCUCUUACUGAACUCAGGGAUCUAGCAUGGUCUGGAGUGCCCGAAGAGGUUCGACCGAUGACGUGGCAACUUGUCCUUGGUUAUCUACCCCCAAAUAGUGAACGGCGUAUUUCCACCCUGGAGAGAAAACGCAAAGAGUAUUUGGAUGGAGUUCGACAGGCUUUUGAACGGGGCAGUGGUGCCGCUUCCAAUCCCCCCGCUUCAAGCACCGGGCGAGGGAGGGGACUUGAUGAGGCGGUUUGGCACCAGAUCAGUAUCGACGUCCCACGUACGAGUCCUCAUAUACCACUGUAUGGGUACGAAGCGACCCAGAGAUCCUUGGAGCGUAUCCUAUAUGUGUGGGCGAUUCGGCACCCAGCUAGCGGUUAUGUACAGGGCAUCAACGACUUAGUGACGCCGUUUUUCCAGGUCUUCCUAGGAGUAUACAUCACGGAUCUCAAUGUCGAGGAAGGCAUGGACCCGGGACAGUUACCCCGAAGUGUGCUGGAUGCCGUGGAGGCCGAUACGUUCUGGUGUCUGACAAAGCUCCUGGACGGGAUUCAAGACAACUAUAUCUAUGCUCAGCCGGGUAUCCACAGACAGGUUCGGGCGCUGCGGGACCUGACAAAGCGGAUUGAUUCUGCCCUCGCCAAACACCUUGAACAAGAGGGUGUGGAAUUUAUGCAGUUCAGUUUCCGAUGGAUGAACUGCUUGCUCAUGCGGGAAAUGAGCAUCAAGAACACGAUUCGCAUGUGGGAUACGUAUAUGGCCGAGGAGCAGGGCUUCUCACGAUUUCAUCUCUAUGUCUGUGCCGCAUUUUUAGUGAAAUGGUCAGAGCAAUUGGUGAAGAUGGACUUUCAGGAGGUUAUGAUGUUCCUUCAAGCAUUGCCCACCAAGGGUUGGACUGAGAAAGACAUCGAGCUUUUAUUGAGCGAGGCAUUCAUCUGGCAGAGCCUUUUCCAGGAUUCUGCCGCUCAUCUUCGGCCUUCUGGCGAUGCGCCUCCUGAAAAUGGUAUCUUUUAUUGA